UGCCCAGUUAGUUUUUGAGUUUUGCAUGUAGCUUCCAGUUCCUAGAAACAUUUUUACUGAAAGCACACAUCAAUAAAGUAGUUAACCCUUUCCAAAAAAAAAUCAAAAAUAUGCCCAACUUUAACGGGGCUAUUGUCGUGCACACUCUUCAGUUGCUGAACUCGCCGGCUACACUGCGAGAAAUCAUUGUGACCAUAGCCAAAAACACAGAAUUGCCGCAGGAUGAACUGAAGGCGCCAGUGAAACAAACCUUAGAUAUGGGACAUCGAAUGGGAUUCCUGCAGAAACUUGACGGUCGCUAUUUUCUUGUGCCCAUGACUUUCGACACACUGAGGACUGAGAUGCAUGCCCUGGACAGGGAAGAGGUGUUAGAGAAGCCGAAGAUAGCUAAAUCCAAAAAGAAGUUGGUACAGAAAAGCCCCUUGUUGUCGGAGGUGGAGAAAAAAAUCAGUAAGAAGACGGUAAAGUCAGCGGAAUCUCUAGGAAACCCUAUCGCAACUAAACAAAUUCGAAAGCUGGGCACUCCCAGUUUAUCAACCAAAUAUGCUGAUUAAGUCGAAGCGAAGCGUUUUAGCCAAGAUCACAGAACAGUUGAACUCUUCUCACAAUUAUCGCUGAAUCCACUGAUAGUACUUAUCAUUCGUAAAAGGAUAUUGUCAUUUGUGAUUUAGAGAAGAUGUGAAACAAAUUGUCUGUUCUGUUCUAUAAAUAUUUGGCCGUAAUACGUAGAAGCAUUAAAUUUUUUAUAAAAUCAA